AUGGAGACAGCGAUCACGGCCGAACAGGUCCCUCCCCAGACUUCUGCUCAGGAGGGCCAGACCGAGGACCCAGAAACUUCCCUCGCGGGCUCGUCCAAAGGAAAGAAUAAAAGCAAGGAUCAAGAGACCAAUGCGUCCACGAAAAGACGUUGUGUGAGCACGGCCUGUAUCGCGUGCCGCAAGCGCAAGUCGAAAUGCGACGGAAUGCUGCCCAAGUGCGCUGCCUGCGCAUCAGUAUAUCUGACGGAAUGCGAGUACGCACCACAUACAGACCACCGUCGGAAGGGCGUAUACAAGAAAGAUGUCGAUAGUUCCAAAACGAAGAAUUCCACGCUUCAAGUGUUGAUCCAGGCUAUUCUGAAUGCUGAAGAGGACGAUGUCAUGGACUUAGUUACGGAGAUCCGAACUUGCGACAGCCUCGAAGAACUGGCCGCCAGUCUAGAAACGCGGGACAGAGGUCUCGCUGAGGCACCCGCCGAGCCAAGUAACAGCGACGAUAUCAUCGUACCUCAAUUCGAGGCCGAGCUGUCAGGUAAGAUGGGCGACUUGAUGUUGGACGGGUCGGUCAAAUUCAUUGGGGGCACCUCCAACUUGAUCUGGCUGCCAGAAGACUACGAACACCAAGGUUCCGCUGCGUCACUUUCUCAAGAGUUCGCCCUUCGGCCAAAAGAGGAAGCAGUACUGUCGUGGACAAAGGUGACCCAGAACAAGGAUGAUAUCCUGCAUUUCAUGAACAUGUAUUUUUGCUGGCAUUAUGCAUUCUUCACUACGCUCGCCAAGGAACUAUUCUACAGGGAUUUCUUGACAGGAACUUCGUCGCAGUAUUGCUCUCCUCUUCUGGUCAACGUCAUGCUUGCCCUAGGCUGCCACUUCUCUGGUCGACCAGCUGCUCGCAAAGAUCCCGAAGAUUCAAGGACGACGGGUGAUCAUUUCUUCGCGGAAGCCAAGAGAUUACUCUACGAGGAUGAUGAAUUCGCCAAUGCUAAAUUGUGUACUGUCCAAGCUCUCGCCUUGAUGUCCGUCAGAGAAGCUGGUUGUGGCCACGAGAGUAAGGGCUGGGUGUACAGUGGCAUGAGCUUUCGAAUGGCCUGUGACCUGGGUCUCAACGUCGAUGCACAACCGAUCAAUCAACUGUCUCGCUUAACGGACGAAGGAAUAGAUGCGAGAAGGAUCACAUUCUGGGGGUGCUAUCUGUUCGACAAGUGUUGGUCCAAUUAUCUUGGCCGGCAACCGCUGCUUCUCUUGAGUAACAUCACGGUCAAAAAGCCGGAUGUCUUUCCUUCGGAAGAUAGCGAGAUUUGGUCCCCUUAUACCGACUCCGGCAUCAUCCAGGCGCAUGCCCAACCAGCCCGGACAAGGGCUGUUGCUCUGCAGCUGUCCAAACUUGCUGAAAUAUCCAGUGAUCUAAUGACAGCUUUCUACAAUCCUGAGCAACUACAGAAGCCUCAAUCAAAACAAAUCGAGCUGAAAAGACUCACCGAUCUCCAUACCCGGCUAGAGGCCUGGAAGCAAAACCUCCCGUCAGAAAUGGAGCCUCGCGAAGGACAGCUGCCCCAAGUCCUUCUGAUGCACAUGUUCUUCCAACUACUGUACAUACAUCUCUAUCGUCCCUUUCUCAAAUACACGCGGUCAACGUCGCCACUACCUGCUCACGUAUCACCUCGAAAAUACUGCACCCAGGCUGCCGGAUCCAUCUCCAAGCUAUUUCGCGUGUACAAGCGUACAUACGGCCUUCGCCAGAUAUGCAAUGUAGCAAUCUAUAUUCUGCACACAGCCUGCACGAUCCACUUGCUCAAUUUACCCGAUAAGAACGCAAGGCGUGACAUCAUACACGGUAUAAAACACCUCGAAGAAAUGGGCGAGUGCUGGACGGCGGCACGCCGGACGCUCCGUGUCCUCCGCUUGUGUGCAGACCGGUGGAACAUUGACCUGCCUGAGGAGGUUGAUAUCGUCUUUAGCAGGGUCAAAGUCAAGUGGGGCCUGCGCGAAGAAUCCUCGCCAAUCUCGCCGCAGACAAUUGGUCACCUCACUAAGCAGAUGACAAGUCAACCAGUGUCUGAUCUCAUGGCGCGAAACGUUGCUCAGCAGCGACAGCAAUACGGUAUGAAUACCAUCCCACAGACGCAAGGUGGUCUCUCGACGUCUAUGGCCCCCUCUCCAGCAGAGCAGAUCGAGUCUAGAAGAUCGUCAGGGAACCUGUCCUUGCCUCCAGGAAAUGCGGCGGAGCUAGGGCGUGACCAACAACGUAUCAGGGCAUCAACGUAUCUCACCAAAGCACAACAAGAUGCGUGGAAUCUGCACCGCGCCAGGCUUGCCAACAGUGGCGCCCAAGCCGCGGCGGGUAACAGCCUCGGGUCCCCGGGACAGAACGCUGCGCAAUUGUUUGGUGGCGUUGACAGUCUGAUCGAAGAUACUCAGGAUUGGUUCUUCCGAGACCAGAACCAACUUGCCAUGGGAUUUGGCAAUUGGGGAGCGCCCAACGGCGGCGACUGGGGCACGUUGGAUUUGAGUUUCUUCGAUACAGAUGGCGUGGGUGCUGCUGGGGCCGGGUCCAGGAACAUCAGCGGGAUAGAUAGCGGAACAAGUGACGGCAGCCCGGCGUACGGGGGUCAGUAUUAUGACGCUGGGAACGGGCUUGGACUCGGUAAUGGUGGUGGUGGCGGCGAUGAGGCUGGGUUUCGCUCGGAUUAUGACUAUACGAAUGCGAGCACCGCGGGAUAUCCGGACCCCGUGGGUGGGUUUGGCGGGAUGGCGAUGAACAACAUGAAUGGGAGCAACGGCGUAACGAAGAUGACCAUGUUGGGAAUGGGAAGUGCCGGUGGUGGAGGCGGAGGGAUGCACAUGCCUCGAAACAUGAACGGGGUUGGGAAUGUAAAUCGAAUUCCACGUUCGGGGCAAGGUCAAGGACAUGGAGGAUCGGCUAUGGCAGGCUUCAAUGAUGAGAUGUACUAUUAA